AUGGUUGACGACAGCACGGCCCCGCUGUUGAGCAGGGCCUCCACGGACUCACGAGACACCUCAUAUUCGCACAAGCACCAUCACCAACGGUCAGAUUCUCCGUCCUUUCAACUAAGCUCCGAAUCAACCCCUCUUCUGAGACAUGAAGCGACAUAUGGGAUAUCCUAUGGCACCGACAACCGGAGACGAUCAUCAGCAUCAACGUCCUCUGCCCCGCUCUACUCUAUUGAAGAUCCUACCAAGCAUCCGCGAAGUCGUCGAUGGCCUAUAGUCAUUGCAAUAACGACUCUAAUUGCUGCUGUUCUAUUAACUUUGGUGUUUGGAUUUGCGGCGCCAGCUGCAGUUAAGCAAUAUGCACAAGAAGCAGCGGUCUUUAAACCUCAGAGGAUCUCCUUAGACUCUGCGACCUCAGAAGGCGUAUCAGUGAGUGUGCAAGGAGAAUUUUAUCUCGAUGGGUCACGAGUCAAACGACCUCUUAUACGAAGCACUGGCAGAAUCGCAACAUGGAUUGCCAAGGAAGUCGAGACUAGCAAAACACAGGUCGAUGUCUAUCUACCCGACUACGAUAAUAUCCUUCUUGGCCGCGCUUUUCUGCCCGCGGUCAAGGUGAACAUCAGAGAAGGACAUUCGAACAUUAUCGACAUUGUAGCCAACUUUCAAUCUGGAGAUGUAGCUGGUAUUCGCCAGGUCGCUGAUGACUGGCUGAAUGGACGGCUCGCCCAACUUCAUGUGCAAGGCACUGCGGAUGUGAAUAUAAGGUCUGGGAUCUUGAAGUUCGGCAGUCAAGGGAUUACCGCUGAUUUAUCUCUUACUGAACAAGACAUCCCUCACCUACCAUCUUUCAGCAUAGACAAGCUCAACGUGCAUGAAAACCCGUGGAAUCCCCAGGAUCCUGGAAUUGCCGUGGAAGUGGCGGUUAGCAUCUCAAAUGAUUAUGCUCUAUCCAUAGUUAUACCUCCCUUGGGAUUCGACAUCCUCCUCCCGAACUGCAUACCGACUGAUCCUUAUAUCCUGGUCGCUGAUGUGACCACAGAAACCGUCAACGUGGAACCCGCAUUGCCAGCAGUCGUUGAUGUUAGUGGUGUCGUCAAACGUCUACCAUCGGAAUUAACGAGGGUCUGUCCGGGAAUGAAAGACUCACCUCUGGAUCUGAUAAUUUCGGCUUAUCUCAAAGAACACAAGGCCGUUAUCUAUGUUCGUGGCGGCGACCCGCCUUCUUCAUCAACACCCGCAUGGAUGGUGGAUUUGCUCAAGAGCGUUACCAUUCCGGUUCCUGUGACCGGCCACGAUUUCGGUCAACUGAUCAAGAACUUCUCCAUGACAGAUGUUCACUUUUCCCUGCCUGAGCCAUUUGCGGAACCAAAUUCUCCCGAGGCACAACCAAAAGUGUCUGCCAUGGUAAAAGUCAUGGUUGAAUUGCCCGAGGAAAUGAACUUUGACGUCGACAUUCCGCACGUACGCGCAAAUGUCGACAUUUAUUAUGAAGGCGAUCAAUUCGGCAUUCUUGACUUGAGCGAGUGGCAACCGUCCAAUGCAACCCGAAUUGAUGACCCAGACAGCACUCGACCGUUGUUAUUGGUUACCUUUGAGGUCAACGAUGGCCCUAUACAAGUCACCGACAACGAUGUUUUUUCAGAUGUCGUGCAAUCAAUCUUGUUCGGAAGCAACCCCGUCGAGCUAGAUUUGCACGCACUUGUGGACGGAGAAUUAGCUACUACGUUGGGUCAAUUCAUUAUACAUGAUAUCCCUGCGCAAGGGACUAUAAAUGUCAAACCCCCAUUCGGAAGCUCCAUUGGAGGCUUGAUCAAACCGAAGCUUGAAUCAUUUGAGAUACUACACACAACACCAUCGACAAUCUCUUUGCAAGCUACGGUCAACUUUACCAAUCCUACGCCAUAUUCUGCGAGCAUACCAUAUGUUGAUUGCUUGAUGCUAUUUAACGGAACCGCUCUUGCACAUGUCACGGUGCGUGAAUUGUCGGUUGUGCCAGGAGAUAAUAGUGGAGUCGUAUUCGAGGCCUUAUGGAGUCCCCUAGCUGCUGGUGGUGACGCUGGUGUCAUUGCAGGCCGUGAUCUUCUUUCCGGUUAUGUUUCUGGCCUCAAUACCACAGUGACACUACAAGCCUAUGAAGGUUCCCUACCUGGAUUGCCUGAUAUAGGCAAGGCAUUAUCAGGUAUUAGUGUUGAUUUUAUGGUACCGAAGCUGGGAGCGCCUGGAGAUGACGAUGACGAUGAGGGCAACUCACAUUUCAUCAAGGACGCAACUUUACAUCUCUGGUCGUCGACAGCUGUUUUCACUCUUCUAUCUCCUCUCCGCCACUCAACUCUAUACGUCGACAAAAUAGACGCAAUAGCGUUCUACAACCACACGGAACCAAUCGGGCGAAUAGACUAUGAUCUCCCAUUUGCCAUUCCUCCAGGUGAAUCAGAAACACCGAGACUGCCCGUCACCCCUAACUUUGGUGGAGUCGGUUAUGAUGCCGUCCGCAGAGCUCUAGGAGGUACAUUAUUGAUGGAUGCAAAGGCUAAAAUUGGCGUUACGUUGGGCGAGUAUUCGACAACGGUGUUUUAUGAGGGUAAAGGGAUUGGCGCGAAGGUUCGAAUCUAG